GAAAAGGAAAUAACAUGUAAUGGUAGCUAUGCAUUGUUCAAGGUUGUACAUGAUUUUCUAUGUGGUUGUAGAUACUAGUCUGAACUCUGAACACCUCUUGUGACACACAUUCAAGGAAGUUUGAUUGAAAGGAAAGUACUGCUUUGGUGAUAUUUCUAACUUUUUCACUUUGGUCUCCACAGCUGGGCUCUAGUGAAGGAUGAGCAAGUAGCAAAAAGGAUGGUAAAGUUCAUAGAGCUCAGCACAAUAGGAGUGUCCAGGGAUUCACAGCUACGGGCAGCUCAAGUGCUGAAAGUUGUCUCAGACAGCUGUGAAUCAAGAGAAGGAGAUGACUCCUUCUUUGAAUACAGCUACCACCUCAUGGACAAGAGGUGGAAGAAAUUACAAGAGGCACUGCAGCAAUCAGAAAUGUUCAGCAUGCCUCACUUUCCCCCUCAGUUUUGCACGUUCCACAAGAGGAUCUUCAAGCCUCAACCUGCCUUCGCAUGGGUCAAGUGUGAAGGAGACAUCCAGGACUGCGAAGGCUUCUUCAAAGAAAAGAAGAUCCUGGUGAGGAGUGGCAAGCACUUUGGGGAUAGCCUUAAGUUAGUCAGGGUUAGCAUGAUGGAUCGUGACCAGAACUUCGAAGUGUUACUAAGAAGAAUAAACUCCAUCCAAACAUGACAUCCUAACAGCCGCUGCAAUACAGGGGAAAAGGAUGUAAUGCUUUAUGUACAUUAAAAAAAAACAGUUUUUUCCUUUCGAAUAUAAAUGGAAAAACUUCUU